UCUCACCUGGCGGCGCGCUCGCCAGCUGCGGACCCGAGGCCCAUGGACACACACAUCCGCUCCCUGCUGCCCCGCGCGCUGGCUCGCCUGCUCUGCCCACAGAGACACCAUUCACGGCUGGGCGCCCACGCGGGGCUCUGGGAGCCCAAGGUCGCGGCUGGGGCCCGCGCCAGGCGGCAGAGAACGAGGGCCGGGGCCGCCGGGCGCCCCCGCAGACAGAGGCGCGUUGGUGCCCAGUCAUCCGCCGCACCCGAUCACCCCCACGACUAAGAGUUUUUGUUUUGGUCCAGAAAAGCAUCUUCAAGAAGGUGGUCGAGUAUGGCUUUAGCAGAUAAGAGACUUGAGAACUUGCAGAUCUACAAAGUUCUUCAGUGUGUACGGAACAAAGACAUGAAGCAGAUAGAGAAGCUGAUCAAGUUUGGAUACCCUGAACUAAUCAAUUUCACAGAACCAGUCAAUGGACACAGUGCUCUGCACUUAGCCUCCAUUUCCAAUGACAUUGAUAUGGUCAGCUUUCUCCUUAGCCUUGGUGCUCACCCUGAUGUGCAAGACAAGAUGGGCUGUACUCCGACAAUGAGGGCUGCAGAACUGGGUCAUGAAUUGUCCAUGGAAAUAUUAGCCAAGGCAAAGGCUGACAUGACUAUAGUUGAUAAUGAAGGCAAAGGUGUUUUGUUUUACUGCAUUUUGCCUACGAAGCGGCAUUAUCGCUGUGCAUUGAUUGCCCUGGAACAUGGCGCAGAUGUCAACAACUCUAGCUAUGAAGGAAAGCCAGUAUUCCUUAGAGCAUGUGAAGAAGCACAUGAUAUUAAAGAUGUGUGCCUGACGUUUUUGGAAAAAGGAGCUAAUCCAAAUGCUAUCAACACAUCCACAGGUCGAACAGCUUUAAUGGAAGCAUCAAGAGAAGGAGUAUUAGAGCUGGUUCGAGGGAUAUUGGAAAGAGGAGGUGAAGUGAAUGCCUUUGACAAUGAAAGACAUCACGCUGCACAUUUUGCUGCCAAAGGAGGCUUUUUUGAUAUAUUGAAGCUUCUUUUUGCUUACAAGGGAGACAUGGGGCUGAUUGCAAUGAAUGGGAACACACCACUUCAUUAUGCUGCCAUGGGCGGUUUUGCAGAUUGCUGCAAAUAUAUAGCUCAGCGAGGAUGUGACCUGAAAUGGAAGAACUUAGCUCAUAAAACACCCAGGGCUGUGGCCAAGGAAGGCGGUUUCAAAGCAGCAAACAAAGAAAUUCGGCGGGCAGAGCGAACCGCUAAUAAACUGGCACGGCCGGGAGCCAAAAAUCCAAAUCCACUUUGGGCCCUUAGACUCCACGACUGGUCGCUAGAACAUGAGACUUUCCUUCGGGAAGCCUUUUCAUUUGUGGACAGAGGUGACGGGACAGUCAGCAAGGACGACUUCGUGUUGACCUUGGAGGAGAGGCAAGAUUUCGUGACCUCGGAACAGUUGGCUAUGGUAGCUCAAUAUCAUGAAAAAUUACGGGGAGGUGGGGUCAACAUUAACGAUUUCUUUAAAGGAACCAAAUACUUAAGCAAGUCUUAUGUCUUGGGAUCAUAUGGGCCUAAGAAAAAGAAAAAAGGGAUGGCCAAAAAGGUAAAGAAAGGCAAAUUUGUUUUACCCCUCCCAAUCUGCAUCAUCCCUGACCACGUAUUCCCCCAACGGACUGAUGGCGGGCCGCCCUAUUACAUGAUUGAAACUUACAAGAAUAUAACUGACUGCAGUCGGUUUAACCGAGACCAUCCACCAGAACAUCCCAUUCAGGAUGACUCCGCUUGGUACAUUGAUGAUCCAGGGAAUGUAUUUUCAAAUAUUAAUUUCGUCACCAAGGCUGGAGACCUAGCUUCUCUGAAAAAGGCAUUUGAAUCAGGAAUACCUGUGGAUAUGAAGGAUAAUUAUUACAAAACACCACUAAUGACUGCAUGUGCCAGUGGAAACAUAGAUGCUGUCAAGUUUCUUCUUGAAAAAGGGGCUAACGUUAAUGCAACAGAUAAUUUCCUUUGGACUCCGCUUCAUUUUGCAUGCCAUGCAGGCCAGCAAGAUAUUGUUGAGCUUCUUGUUAAAUCUGGAGCUGUGAUAGACGCACUCUCCAUCAACAACUCCACUCCUUUAACUAGAGCUAUCGAGAGCUGUAGACUAGAUACCGUAAAAUAUCUACUUGAUAUGGGUGCUAAAUUCCAGAUGGAAAAUAGAAAAGGGCACACUGCCAUGGAUAUUGCAAAGGCGUAUGCUGACUAUAGAAUAAUUAGUUUGAUUCAAGAAAAGCUGGAUAACUUGCCAAAACCAGCAGACAAUCAAAAACUGAAAGGCAAGCCACCUCCUAAAGUGAAGACUGAAGGCCCUGAAAUUAGGAAAGAGGAGGAACCACUUUCAUCAGUUUAUACUGUACCAGCCGUAUCAGAGGAAAAGAAAGUGCAUAAAGAUAAUGUGGUUUAUCUCAAUUCAUUGAUUACCAGUGGUUAUACCAAGAAAGUGGAUAUCACAUUUAUUCCACGGAGGAUUUGGAGUCCUGAAGCCACAACAGCAGAGCUGAUCAGACAAAGGGAGCUACGGCGGGAGAGGCUCACGUAUGAGGUGGACUUUGAGGACUUCAUGAUGCCCUUUCAGAAGAACAUCAUGGAGAAAGCUCAAGCCUUGGAAGCCACCUUCAAGACCUAAAUCACAGCAGUUGCUUCUUGGGGUUAACACUUCAAGGACCAGGGAGAAAGUCAGCAUUUCCAUCAAAGUCAAAGGAAUACACAAAAUUAAGAAUUUGUAACCAGAUAUUUGUUUUUGCUUUACCAGCUAUAAAUAUUCUGAGCUAUCUAGAGAAGGUG